GGUCUACAGUAGCGUAGGUCCCCGUCGAUGAACUCCGUAGUCUACUCCGAACUUUCACACGAGAGGGUACCAUCAGACGGUCCGCCGCUACGUUUUCUUCAAUUGCACACUUUUUGCGGACAGAAUCCAAGCCAACCUAUUAUGAAAACAUGUCGGUGAAUGAAGUGUACGUGUUUCGACCGUUUAAGCUGAUCGCUUUACUUUGUGUGUUCCUCGCACUGUGUUUAGAUAUCGUAGCACUUUUGAGCCCAGCUUGGGUUACAGCGGAUCGCUACUCUCUGUCGCUAUGGGAGGCUUGCAGUGAAACUGCGACGAGCUGGGACUGUACUUCCACUCUUAAGUCCGACUGGCAGAUUGCCACACUGGUGCUGCUGCUGGCCGGUGCAGCCGUCACUCUGGUGGCCUUCCUCAUCGCCCUCAUCUCUCUGUGCAAGGGCACGCACAGGAAGCACUACCGCACGGUCGCCGUGUUCCUCUUCACGGCAGUGGUCCUUCAGGCCUGUGCCCUGGUCCUCUACCCAAUCAAAUUCAUCGACGGCACGGUGCUGCAGACCUACCACGAGUUUAACUGGGGCUACGGCCUUGGUUGGGGGGCCACCAUCUUCAUGCUGGGGGGUGGGAUCCUGUUCUGCCUGCGAACAGAUAUGUACGAGGAUGCCAUGUACUGAGUCCUCCCUGACUCAUGCAUAUAUACACACUACACACACACAAAUUCACACACACAUGAACACACACACACACACACACAUACACUCAUGCAUACAAGCACAGACCAAAAGCAUAGUGUACACACGCCACAUAUAGUGCAUAGCUCACAUAACAGCUUCUUAUAUUGCACCCACAGACAUAUAUAUGCUGUCUAAGGCAAGAUGAGCACUGUUAAAGGGUGGCCCAGAGCAGAUGUAGAAUUGACACACACACACACGCACACACACACACACACACACACACACACAGGCGAAAAUGAAGAACAUUUGUAUGUCUAAGGCAAGAUGAGCACUGUUAAAGGGUGGCCCAGAGCAGAUGUAGAAUUGACACACACACACACGCACACACACACACACACACACAUACACACACACACACACAGGCGAAAAUGAAGAACAUUUGUAUGAAGAAAGAAGGUAUAGUUUUACUACACGCAAAUACAAACACACACACACACACACGCACACACAUUCACACACACACACACACAAGCUCUGUUAUUUAUAGACAGAGUGAGCGGGCCCGUACACAGGCUGGUUGGCUGGCAGACUGGCUGCUGGAGGUAUGAAGUAUGGGGAACAGCUGUGUGGGGAGGACUGGGGCUACUUGCUGCUUGGCCCGCCGGAAGAGCUCCAUCCUUGAAGAGGGCACGUUGGUGCCACAGCCACGCUACACAGGCCAGAAAUGGACAUCCCUCUUUCUCUCUCUCUCUCUCUCUCUCUCUCUCUCUCUCUCUCUAUAUAUAUAUAUAUAUAUAUAUAUAUAUAUAUAUAUAUAUAUAUAUAUAUAUACAGUAUACAUAUCAUCUGGCUCCAGUUUCUUCACUCUAUUACUCUAUUCUUUCUUUAUUUAAUUUUCUUUCCUCUUUCAUUUUCAUUAAUCCCUUCGCUCUGUCCUAUCCUCUGUCAUCACCAUCACCACUCUCUCUCUGACCUCGCCCCCUGCAGUCUCUCUCAUCCAGCGUGCAGUGCUUCAGCCCUUCCUCAACAGUGAAUCCCAUGGAUCUCCAAACUGACACCAAUGCGAGGAAAAUGAAAUCUCGGAAGUUGCAGAUUGUCGGUUGCUUUCUUUUUUUUUAAAAAGAAGAGUAAAGUACAUAUAUUAUUCCUUUUUGUAUAUGAACUUUCUUGUGUUGCAUUUUAUGAUACAGGACAUAUCAUAUUGUUCAAGUGUUCAUAGCAUACAGAUGUAUUCUCUAAUAGGAAGAUAAAGUAUAUUUUAUGUUUUUGUCGUUUGAUUAUUGCAGUUUUUUUUUCUUGGGAAGGGACACAGAAAAACUCUUGCAGAGUUUCUUUUUUUGGUUGGUAGGGGGCUUCAUUGCAAGGAGGGAGUAAUAAAAAGCCAACUUCUUCUGCAAUCAGUGCACAAAACCAAGGUAUGGCUUUCUUUCUGUACGCCAGGUGCCAUUGGAAGAGAAGAAUAAACAGUGUUGAUCUCUGCA